AUGCGGCCCCCCGGCCGCCGCGACGUCCCCUCGGCGCGCCCCGCGCUGCCGCUGCUGCAGCAGCUGCUGCUGCUGUCGCCGCUGCUGCUUGGGGCGCUGCACGGCGUGGGCGCGGGGAGCGGUGCGCCCGCCGAGCUGCGGGUCCGUGUGAAGCUGCCCGACGGCCAGGUGACCGAGGAGAGUCUGCAGGCGGACAGCGACGCCGACAGCAUCAGCCUAGAGCUGCGCAAACCCGACGGCACUCUCAUCUCCUUCACCGCGGAUUUCAAGAAGGACGUGAAGAUCUUCCGAGCCCUGAUCCUGGGGGAGCUGGAGAAGGGGCAGAGUCAGUUCCAGGCUCUCUGCUUUGUCACCCGGCUGCACCACAAUGAGAUCAUCCCCAGUGAGGCUAUGGCCAAGCUCAGGCAGAAAAACCCCCGAGCUGUGCGGCAGGCUGAAGAGGUGCGAGGUCCGGAGCAGCUCCGCAUGGACAUCACCGUGAACUUCAGCCAGGGCGGCCUGCUGAGUCCCCAUCUACGCAACGUGUGCGCCGAGGCCGCAGAGGCCAUUUACACCCGCCAGGAGGAUGUCCAGUUCUGGACGGAGCGAGGUGUGGACAGCUCUGUGUUCGAGGCUCUGCCCAAGGCCUUAGAACAAAUGGAAUUACCUCGCUGUGGGCAAGUUGGGGACCGAGGAAAGCCCUGCGCCUGCCGCUACAGUCUGAGCCUGGCCUGGUACCCUUGCAUGCUCAAGUACUGCCACAGCCGUGACCGGCCAGCGCCCUACAAGUGCGGCAUCCGAAGCUGCAGGAAAAACUACAGCUUUGACUUCUAUGUACCUCAGAGGCAGCUGUGCCUUUGGGAUGAGGACCCCUAAGUGCA